CCUCCCCCUCUUCCCCGUCGGGCGAGGAGUCGCGCCCUGGUGGUUACUCCCCUUCGCGGUCUCUCACGCUCUCCGAUGUCGUCUAGCGCAGGCCCGAAUACUUGUAUACAGUUGCUUGCUGUUCGUCACCUUCCCCGUUCUUUCCACCUGCACUUGGAGAAAGGGGCUCUGCGCCCAGAAGGAAUGUGAAUGUUACAGUUAGGAUUUCGAUCCUUUUUCAGUUCACUUCAGUCCAGUCCCUGGGUCGUGUCCGACUCUUUGCGACCCCGUGGACUGCAGCACGCCAGGCCUCCCUGUCCGUCACCAACUCCCAGAGUUUACUCAAACUCAUGUCCAUUGAUUUGGUGAUGCUAUACAGCCAUCUCAUCCUCUGGCGUCCCCUUCUCCUGCUUUCAAUCUUUCCCAACAUCAGAGCCUUUUCAAAUGAGUCAGUUCUUCACAUCGGGUGGCUAAAGUAUUGGAGUUUCAGCUUCAACAUCAGUCCUUCCAAUGAACACUCAGAACUGAUUUCCUUUAGGAUGGACUGGUUGGAUCUCCUUGCAGUCCAAGAGACUCACAAGAGUCUUUCGAACAUCACAGUUCAAAAGCAUCAGUUUUUCGGCGCUCAGCUUUCUUUGUAGUCUAGCUCUCACAUCCGUACAUGACUACUGGAAAAACCAUAGCUUAUUUUAAACAAAUCUAAACUCGUCUUCCGGCUCGGAAUACUGUCUCUUUGGUGAAUGUAAUGGUGCUUCUGAAAAGAAUAGGCCUUCUCCUUUAUUUGGGUCCAGUGAGUCUCUAUUCUUACUGAUUUUCUGUCUACUUCUUUUGUCGAUUUCUGAGCAGAAUGUUGAAAUCUGCAUUUGUGGAUCGCUUUCCCUUUUCAGUUCUAUCGGAUUUGGAUUCAUAGAUCCUGAGGCUCUACUAAUAGGUCUGUACCCCAUUUCAGAUUAAAGUGGAAGUAACCCUGUUAAUUAGGAUUUUAUCCACUUAGGUUCUGCUUAUCCUAGGAAGUAUAAAGCCCAUGAGGGCAGGAAUUAUAUAUUUUAUCUCUGUAUGUUUUCAUCCAGCACAAGAUCUGAUUCAUGCUACAGGCUACAUAUGCAGUAAUUGGCGGAUGAAUAAAUGAAAGAAUCUCUCUCCGCCCCUAAGAUUUGGUCCCUUUGUUUCCCAGACAGAGCUUUGUGAAGAGACUAAGAGCAAAUCCUGGCUCUGUGGGCACUUCUCUCUGGUAAACACAUGCUUUAUUUGGGAAGCCUGCACUGUGGCAGAAUUGUAACAGGUACUACGUAUAUAGUGGAAAUAACGUUUCCUCAUUCUUGAGAGCUUAUAUCACAUGAGGUUUUAUGUCUCUUUCUGUGUGUGUGUGUGUGUGUGUGUGUGUGUGUGUGUGUGUGUGUAAUUAUUAUAAGAAAUUGUCUCACACAGUUAUGGAGGCUGAGGAGUUCUUAGAGGAUCUAAUUCUUCUAAGAGGACAGUUGUCUUUUUUUAGUUCUUGAUUGUCCCAUGUUACCAGGUGUGAAGUCCUGUGUCUGAGCAGCAGAAACCAGAUAUUGAAAUUCAGAGGAGGGAAAGUCAUUACUGGCCAGAACGACCAGGGUGACUGUCUGUAGAUGCAAAAUAGCUUAAUCAGAAAUGAUUGGACCUGGACCCAGCUAUCAGAGGAACUCCCAAUGGAUUUUAUAGUGAAGCUGUUUUAGGCAAAGGACUCUAAAAAUAAUGUCUAGUUUGGAGUUUCAUAGCAAUGAAAAGUCUUUUUGAAGUUAAUUUUUCAUUCUUAUCUGAAAUUGUACUCUUAAAUCCAUACUGUUUAAUUCUUCCCCAGGGUGCACUUUUUCUUAGCCUGCAAGCAUCUAUUUGCUGUCUGCCACAUAAGGUCCACAAAGGGCUAGAUUUUGCUUCUAAAUUCAGUUAAAAUGAAAAACUGCUUUUUAGACUUUCAAAAAACUCACCUCUGAAAUCACAGGGCCUGGUUCUUUAUAGAAUAAUCUCAGUCUUUGAGGCUGGCAUACAUGAUCAUAUUAUAAAAUAUGAUACACAAAUUUGCUUUAAACUUACUAAUAUGUUAAAACAUGACUUUUAUGCUGCAGUUCAGUUCAGUUGCUCAGUCGUGUCCAACUCUGCGGCCCCGUGGACCUCAGCACGCCAGUCCCACUGUCCAUCACCAGCUCCCGGAGUUUACCCAAACUCAGGUCCAUUGAGUCAGUAAUGCCAUCCAAACAUCUCAUCCUCUGUUGUCCCUUCUCCUCCUGCCUUCAAUCUUUCCCAGCAUCAGGGUCUUUUCAAAUGAGUCAGCUCUUCGCAUCAGGUGGCCAAAGUAUUGUAGUUUCAGCUUCAACAUCAGUCCUUCCAAUGAACAUUCAGGACUGAUCUCUUUUAGGAUGGACUGGUUGGAUCUCCUUGUAGUCCAAGGGACUCUCAAGAGUCUUCUCCAACACCACAGUUCAAAAGCAUCAAUAAUUCAGUGCUCAGCUUUCUUUAUAGUCCAACGCUCACAUACAUACAUGACUACUGGAAAAACCAUAGCUUUGACAAGAUGGACCUUUGUUGGCAAAAUAAUGCCUCUGCUUUUUUUUUAAUGCCUCUGCUUUUUAAUAUGCUGUCUAGGUCGGUCAUAACUUUCCUUCCAAGGAGUAAGCAUCUUUUAAUUUCAUGGCUAUAGUCACCAUCUGCACUGAUACUGGAGCCCCAAAAAUAAAGUCAGCCACUGUUUCCCCAUCCAUUUGCCGUGAAGUGAUGGGACCAGGUGCCAUGAUCUUAGUUUUCUGAAUGUUGAGCUUUAAGCCAACUUUUUCACCCUCCUCUUUCACUUUCAUCAAGGGGCUGUUUAGUUCUUCAGUUUCUGCCAUAAGAAUGGUGUCAUCUGCAUUUCUAAGGUUAUUGAUAUUCCUCCCUGCAAUCUUUAUUCCAGCAUGUGCUUCAUCCAGUCCAUUAUUUCUCAUGAUGUAUUCUGCACAUAAGUUAAAUAAGCAGGGCGACAAUAUACAGCCUUGAUGUACUCCUUUUCCUAUUUGGAACCAGUCUGUUGUUCCAUGUCCAGUUCUAACUGUUGCUUCCUGCCUGCAUACAGAUUUCUCUAGAGGCAGGUCAGGUGGUCUGGUUGUAGGGUAAGGGAGUUAGAGAAGGCGAGGUUGGGAAAAAGAAUGAGAUCAGCACUUUACGGGAACAGAUCACCUUUAAUGAGGCGAGAAGGGGAAGCAAUCAAGAUUAGUGAGCUGCUGCAAGAAAAGAAAUUUUCCACAGUUCAUCGUGAUCCACACAGUCAGAGGCUUUGGCAUUUCAAUAAAGCAGAAAUAAAUGUUUUUCUGGGACUGUCUUACUUUUUCGAUGAUCCAACAGAUAUUGGCAAUUUGAUCUCUGGUUCCUCUGCCAUUUCUAAAACCAGCUUGAACAUCUGGAAGUUCACGGUUCACGGAUUGUUAAAGCCUGGCUUGGAGAAUUUUGAGCAUUACUUUACUAGCGGGUGAAAGUGAAGUGAAGUUGCUCAGUCAUGUCUGACUCUUUGCGACCCCAUGGGCUGUAGCCCACCAGGCUCCUCCGUCCAUGGGAUUUUUCCAGGCAAGAGUACUGGAGUGGGUUGCCAUUUCCUUCUCCAGGGAAUCUUCCCAAUCCUGGGAUCGAACCUGGGUCUCCCGCAUUGUAGGCAGACGCUUUUGCCGUCUAUUGUGCGGUAGUUUGAACAUUCUUUGGCAUUGCCUUUCUUUGGGAUUGGAAUGAAAACACUUUUUCCAGUUCUGUGGCCACUGCUGAUUUUUCCAAAUUUUCUGGCAUAUUGAGUGCAGUAUUUUCACAGCAUCAUCUUUUAGGAUAUGAAAUAGCUCAACUGGAAUUCCAUCACCUCCACUACCUUUGUUUGUAGUGAUGCAUUCCAGGAUGUCUGGAUGUCUGGCUCCAGGUGAGUGAUCAUACCAUUGUGAUUAUCUGGGUCGUGAAGAUGUUUUUUGUAUAGUUCUGUGUAUUCUUGCCACCUCUUCUUAAUAUCUUCACGUGCUUCUGAAGCCUAGCUUGAAGGAUUUUGAGUAUUACUUUGCCAGCAGGUGAAAUGAGGUGAAUGAAAACUGACCUUUUCACAUCCUGUGGCCAUUGCUGAGUUUUCCAAAUUUGCUGACAUAGUGAGUGCAGCACUUCAACAGCAUCAUCUUUUAGGAUUUUAAAUAGCUCAGCUGGAGGGUAACACUUAUGGUUAAAUAUUGACAAUUUAAAAAUUAACUCAAAAUUAAUUACGAAUUGUUAGAAGAACGAAAAUCAUAGCACAAAAUUCAGUCUUUCAGGCCCCGGGUGUGUCACUUCCCAAGUGUUAUCAGCCCCCGCUGAUAAGUAUAAAUAAAGUGAUACUUAUCACUUUAUUUUCUCAUGAAAUUGGAAUAAUACAAUGUGUACUUCACAAGGUGUAUGGGGUAGUAAUGAAUACAGCAUGUAAUGGACUUACCUAAUAAUAGCAAACAGUGUAGGACAUUUUAAAAUAUUUAUCAUUCAAAACAACCUUUAUGCAAUAGUGAUAAGACUAUAUUAGAUAGGUACCAGUUUUACAGAAAAUUAAGUCAAAUGGUCAAGAGAUGCCCAAAUUCAAUUUUCUAUCUGUAAUCUCAAGGGGGUAUGUAAUAGAGACAUUGCAAUUAUGUUGUGAAAGUGAGGAAACCAAGUUAGAAAACUUCUCCGCUUCCUCAAAUGUCUUAAAAUUUGGAACUUGAUUCCUACACUUCAGUUCAGUUCAGUCGCUGAGUAGUGUCCGACUCUUUGAGGCCCCAUGGUCUGCAUGCAGCACGCCAGGCUUCCCUGUUCAUCACCAACUCUCAGAUCUUGCUCAAACUCAGGGGUUGUGUUCAUUUCAGAGUUCACCGCAUACAGGUUUGUCUGCAGUUUGAGAAAUGACCGCUAGAGGGCAGGAGACUCAAACGAAGUUUACAUACAGCUCAAGAAUGAAGUUCUCUGUUGUUGGAGUAUUUUCAACUAAAUAGGUAACAAUAUUUUUUAUCAUGCAGUUGUUUUACCUCAGUUGUAUUUCCUAAAUAAACCCAUCUCUGCAGAUUCAGAAAAUAUUUCCCAAGCUCAGGUGAAGCACAUUAUAAAUAGAAUCUACUUGAUUUACAAUUUGUGGAUUUUCUCUGCAUCUACAGAUAAUAAACAGUAAUUCCUUUUGAAAUGCUGUCUAUUAAAAAAUUAACCCUCCGUUUUUGACCUGUUGAAAUAAAUAUGAAAAAUACCUUCUCUCACAUUGCUUCAAAGUAUAAACUUUUUGAAAAUUUAAAACGUGUUAUUGUAAAAAUAAUCUCACAACAUCCAGUUUUUAAUAGCGCCAUCAUCUAUCUCAUUGCUCCAUUGCACAGGUAAUACUGCCAAGUUUCUCACAUACUGCAAAAAUGGUCUCUGCACACCACGCAUAUAGAUGCAUAGGGAGGAGACCGGAAGUCACAUGCACUCACCCACCACAUGGGGAUGCCCAGAGGAAAGGGCUGCACGUGGGAGGGGCGUGCAGGGGCUUAGGGGUUCUCAUUCCCAAAGCACAGCCAAAGGCAGGGUUUGGCCUCCCAAAGGUUCAAUACCCUCCUUUUUCUGGACUCCGCACACCUCUUCUGGCUCUGAUCCUGGUCUCACUUCCCAGAUUGCCCCAGGAAGGGAUGAUCACUCAACUGCGUGAGCCCCACUUGAUGUGGGCACAGCUCAGGUUCCUGGCCCCCAGGUCCGGGGGUGGAUGCAGCAGGAUAAGCUCCAGGACAAAGGGCCUCGCUCCCACAUGCAGACUCAGCGAGGGGUGGUGGGGCAGCCUAGUUUAGCUUGUCCAGUGCCCGUGCAUGCAUCUAGCAGCGCGCGAAAGAGACCCACCUGGGCGAACCCGUGUCCAGUGUACUAACGGCUCCCAUCCCGGCGGUUACCACAUGAUGCCAACGGCCGCCGUGCUGCUACCCCACAACCCCAGGGACCCAUGGACCACCCCACACCAGUCAGCCUGGCUGAAGACCUGGGGACAUGAAGUUACAGAAUAACCUCCCACACAUCCUGCUGUCCUGGUCCCACUCUACCCCCACCCCCGCCACCAGCGGCCAGCUCCCUGCACCGCUAGGUCAGGAGGCCUGGAGGUGGAGUAGACAUGGGCCUGGGCAGGGGAAGGUCAGGCUGCCCCUUCCCUCUCCAUCUCUCCUCCAACCUCUCCCCGCACCAGGUCCAGCCUGUCCCUGGCUGGUGCAAGGGGCUGGAGGGAGCCCUGAGAGCAGGCAGUCCCACAAUGAGGUCCGAGUGUUGGGAGUAAUUACUGUUAUUAGGGAGCGCUCCCUGGCACUUAGGUCACCCCAAUUUAUUGAUGAGCCACAGCACGGAUGCUCAGGGUCACUUAACUCUUAAGUGACCAAGUCCAGCCAAACUAAGACGUCACAACGAAGUUGGCCUGUGACUGACCCCAGAGGCCACGCCCAAGAGGUGGUCCCCGAGCCCAGCCUUGGAGAGGAGUCCGUCUUGGGUGCGGGAGCAAGGGGAGGGGCACCGCAGGCCGGGACUCCCGCAAUGGCUCCGCCCACUCCCAUCUGCGGAUUGGACGCUCUGCAGGGAGGGUCUCAUCCCUGAUCCCCGGAGAUGCGGCCCGGUGCCCACCGCGUCCCAGACUCCCCGGGUCUCCAGGCUGCGCUCUGCUCCCACAGACUCCGGGAGUUAGAAAACAUUCCCAGGACUCGGAGCACUGGGUCACCAACGGGGAGCUAAGGCCACCAACUCUAGCCCAAGCACAGCAACUUGUAGAGGAGCAAAAAGAACUUCCCUCUGGCACCCUAAAGCCGCCCCCUCCCCUCCCCCACGCCAAGGGAGGAGUCUCGGGGGCCUAUCCUCCUCCCAGGCGCUCAGAGAGGGUGACACGAAGCCUCUCCCCAUUGCCUUGGGGGUGGCCUGGCCCAGCCGCCCCUGCGAACCUCGGGAUCCCCGCCUAGAUCCGGAUGGCAGUUCCAGGGGAGGUAACAGAGGCUGUAAAAGUGGCGAUAGACGUGGGCUACCGGCACGUGGACUGUGCGUACGUGUACCACAACGAGAAUGAGGUCGGAGUGGGAGUCCAGUCCAAGAUCAAGGAGGGCAUGGUGAGACGGGAGAACCUGUUUAUUGUCAGCAAGCUCUGGUGCACCUGCCAUAAGAAGCCCCUGGUGAAAGCAGCCUGCACCCGGAGUCUGAAGGCCUUGAAACUGGACUACUUGGACCUCUACCUCAUGCACUGGCCCAUGGGCUUCAAGUCCGGAGAGGCAGACUUGCCCAUGGACCACAACAGCAUGAUCAUCCCUAGUAACACGGACUUCCUGGACACGUGGGAGGCCAUGGAGAACCUGGUGGCCGCAGGCCUGGUGAGAGCCAUCGGGGUGUCAAACUUCAACCACGAGCAGCUCGAGAGAAUUCUGAAUAAACCCAACCUGAGGUUCAAGCCGGUGACCAACCAGAUCGAGUGCCACCCGUAUCUCACUCAGAAGAACUUGAUCAGUUUCUGCCAAUCAAGAAACGUGUCUGUGACGGCUUACCUGCCCCUCGGUGGCUGCAGUGGGGGAAUGCACCUGAUGGAGGACCCUACGAUCCAGACGAUCGCUCAGAAGCACAGGAAGUCUGCAGCCCAGAUUUUGAUCCGAUUUCAGAUCCAGAGGAACGUAAGAGUGAUUCCCAAAUCUGUCAACCCAAAGCAGAUUCUCGAGAACUUCCAGGUAUUUGAUUUUGAAUUAUCAGAAGAGGAUAUGACUGACCUCCUUGGCCUGGACAGGAAUCUCCGUUUGGCCACGUUCCCCAUAACUGAAAAUCACAAGGACUAUCCCUUCAGAACAGAGUUCUGAGGACCCUGCUCAGCCCAGAGGAAUCCUUGCUGACUCAGGGCAGCCCUGGACAGGGCAGGGGACUCAGCUUGAUUUGGGUGGGUUCCCUGAGAAGUCCCAAGAACUGAAUAUGGUCUGUGCCUGAAGGUGGAGGCUUCAUGAGAGCGGUGAUCGCUCUCCACCAAGACCCAUUCAGGUUUUAGAAUCCUAGGAGCCCACAGUGUGCUGGGUUCUCACAAGAGUGCUGGGUGGUCUACACCUUCAAACAAGGAUAUUCAAUGACUCAUGAAUAAUUUGCCUUCCCAUUAAAAAAAAAUUAUGUUAUGGAAAUGUUGGAAUAGUCUACAGUAUAAGGAACCUCCACCCUCUUCACUCAGCUUCAGCCAUUGUCAGUCCCUGGCCCUUCUUGCUUUGUCUCUGAUCCUCUGUUCCCUGCCAAUACCCCCAGAUGGUUUUAAAGCAAAAUCCUUACACAACACACAACAAAAUGGUGUGCUCAGCAGCCUGCCACUGUCCCAUCCCUCACUGAUGCUAACGUACUGCCAUAGGGGACAGGUUUCCAUAGCCUGGGAAAAAUGAUUUCCAACCUGUCUAAAACACAAGACAAAAGUAAUAAAGCCAUAAUGCAGUUCUUAUAAAUAAGGAAAUGAUAAAUUCCCAGUUUAAAAGGGUGAUAUUGGAGGAGCACAGUAACAGUUAUUGAUUACUUACCACGUUGUGCUGUGUGGUUGUGUCCGACUCUUUGUGACCCUAUGGACAAGCUCGCCAGGCUCCUCUGUCCAUGGGAUUCUCCAGGCAAGAAUACUGGAGUGGGUUGCAUGCUCUCCUCCAGGAGAUCUCAACUCAGGGAUCGAACCAGGGUCUCCUGCCUCUCCUGCAUUGUAGGCAGAUUCUUUACCACUAGAACCACCUGGGAAGCCCACUAGGCAUUUAAUUUGCAGAACAUGCUGAAUCCUCUUAAGAAGACAGGUACAAGGUGGCUGAAUAAUUCCCAAAGAUUACGUGGUGUGAAAGUUGAAGCUAGGAUUUGAAUGUCCAAAAACCAGGGAGCAAAUUAAUUAUAAUAGAAAUAAAAACUGAAUUGACAGUGAUUUUCCAGUUUGUCCCCCCCCCCCCAAAAUAAAAAAAAAAAAUCAACCUCCAAAACACUUGAAGUAUUUUGAAAAAAUAGCACUUUCAGUAACUUUGGGUAGGAUUAUAAAUGUAUGUAGAUGCUCCUGGAAGCAAUUUGGUCUUAUAUUUUAAAAUCAUUAAAAAUGUGCAUAUUAAUUGGUAGCAUUUGAGCCUUUAAGCAUUGAACUUUAGGAAAAAAGAGGGGUUCCCCUCCAAAUUCUCAAGUUAGAGUAUGUUGCUAUAGAAAAGUUAUAUUUAUGCUUAAUCAUUUGCAGUUGUGGGAAAAAAUUAAAAUUUGAAUUUAAACACACUUCCCAGAAAGGAAGGACUGUUUUUCUCCUGGUCUCAUCCCCUCUUUUUUAAUUCCGCCUCCCGCCCCCCUCAGUAAUCUUGUUUUGGUAACAAAGUGAAAGUGAAAGUUGCUCAGUUAUGUCUGACUCUUUGUGACCCCACGGACUAUACUGUCCAUGGAAUUUCCCAGGCCAGAAUAGUGGAGUGGUUAGCCUUUCCCUUCUCCAGGGGAUCUUCCCAACCUGGUGAUUGAACGCAGGUCUCCUCCAUUGCAGGCGGAUUCUUUACUGUUGGAGGCACCAGGGAAGCCCAAGAAUACUGGAGUAGGUAGCUGAUCCUUUUUCCAGCGAUCUUCCUGACCCAGGAAUCAAACCCAGGUCUCACGCAUUGCAGGUGGAUUCUUUACCAACUGAGCCACCAGGGAAGCCCCCUGUUUUGGUGUUCAGUUCAGUUCAGUUCAGUCGCUCAGUCGUGUCCGACUCUUUGCGACCCCAUGAACCGCAGCACACCAGGCCUCCCUGUGCAUCACCAACUCCCGGAGUCCACCCAAACCCAUGUCCACUGAGUUGGUGAUGGUUUUGGUGAUAGCAGUGCCAAAUCUCAGGACUGGCAUCCAGUUUCCAAAGUUCAUUUCCAUAGAAGAGGGUGUGUAUUCAUUCACCUCCUGGUUUUCAUGGCCCAGACUGUUUUUAUUCCCAUUUCCUCCAGCCUGUGCUCUGGGCAGAAUUUUAUUUUUGGAUUCCACAGAAAGUAGGGAGGGCCCAAAGCUAGAGCCACAUCAAAAUUCUUCUGACUAGAAAGGAUUGCAAAAGGGAGGAGAACAUGUGGAGCUGAUGCCAAGUUUUCAGUGGCUCUUUUUAAAGUAAACAUUUUCUUUUUUUUUUUUUUCUUUUUUGUCAUGUGAGAUCUUGACUGGGGAUCAAACCUCUGCCCCCUGCAGUAGGAGAACACAGUCUUAAUCACUGGCCCACCGGUGCAGUUCUUAAAGUAAACUUUUAGUUUGAGAUGAUCAUGGAUUCACUUGCAGUUCAAAAAGAAUACAGAGCAAGCUUGUGUCCCCUCUAUUCCUCCAACAUUACUGUCUUUCAAAACCAACAGCCGUGUGUUGCAACCAGAAUAUCAACAUCCAUGCAACCUACUGACCAUGUUCAUAUUUUCCUAGAUUUGUGCUGGGUGUGCAUUUAGUUGGGCUUGACCUGUGACUCAGGGGUAAAGACUCCACCUGCAAUGCAGGAGACCCAGAUUCGAUCCCUGGGUGAGGAAAAUCCCCUGGAGGAGGGCAUGGCAAUCCACUCCAGUAUUCUUGCUGGAGAUUCCCCAUGGACAGAGAAGCCUGACAGGCUACAGUCCAUGGGGUCACAAAAAGUCAGAUAUGACUGAAGUGACUUAGCAACGCACGUGCAUUUAGUUCUGUGCAAUUUUUUCACACAUUUGUUUCAUGAGUCAUGACCACAGUCAGGACACAGGACUUUGCCAUCAUCAUGGGCAUCCCUUUUAUAACUGUCCUCCCCACUUCUGCCCCAGUCCCUCCUCUGGUUCUCCAGCUUUCUUGAGGUAUAAUCAACAAACAGCGUAUUUUAAGUGCAUGGCAUGGUGAUCUGCUAUGAAGUGGAAGUGUUAGUCGUUCAGUUGUGUCCGAUUCUUUGCAACCACAUGGACUGUAGUCCGCCAGGCUACAUGCCAUGGAAUUCUCCAGGCAAAAAUACUGAAGCAAUAACCAUUCCCUUCUCCAGGGGAUCUUCCUGACCCAAGGAUGGAACCCUGGUCUCCUACAUUGCAGGCGGAUUCUGAUCUGCUAUCCAGGCACACUGUGAAAUGAUAUGAGUUAACUCCCAUCGCCUAACAUAGUUCCCUUCUGA